AUGACUGUACCAUCCUUCCCUCAAUAUGAUACACCGACAGUCAUCACUUAUUUGUCUGUGCUUCAGAAACUAUCAGACGCUCUUGAACAAGAAAACGUGGAGGCGUUUACAGCGGCGGUUCAAGAGUACGACAACAUCACCCGUCUCGAUCCUUGGAUUACUUCGUUGCUUCUGAAACUCAAGAAGACCAUUGGCGGUGACGAUGAAGAUAUCACCUAG